AGGAGACCUGUCCCUCUCUCUGCACAAAGAGGGUGUGAAUGGUGGGGAAUAGAAAAGACCCUUUCAGGGCAAAACAACCACCCUUUGAAGGUUGUGCUUAUAUGUGCAUCCAUCUCUCUCUUGCGUUUCUUCGUCAGGAUCAUCUGCUUUGAGGAGAAGCGGCAGCUUGCAAACUUGGCACGUUUUGAGUCGAAUUCAAUGGCUCCCGGUGGAAACAUGAUGCCAAAUCUAACAUGCAACGUCACGAUCGAUGAGUUCCGAAGCCGAGUGUACCCCAUGACCUAUUCUGUGAUUUCUGUGUUGGGGUUUGUAGAAAAUGGCUUUGUGCUGUGCGUCCUCAUCAGGACAUACCACGAAAAGACGUCUUUCCAGAUAUACAUGCUCAAUCUUGCUAUUUCAGACCUGCUGUUUGUUUUCACGCUCCCUUUACGGGUGGUAUACUAUGUUUACAAAGGCGACUGGUUCUUUGGCGACUUCUUAUGCCGCAUCAGCUCUUACACGAUGUACGUCAACUUGUACACUAGUAUCCUUUUCAUGACUGCCAUGAGCUUCUUCCGCUGCAUUGCCAUUGUGUUCCCCAUCCAGAACAUCCAUUUCAUCACAGAGAAAAAAGCCAAAGUGGUCUCUGCUUCAAUAUGGAUCUUUGUGACACUAACAACCUCACCGUUUUUACUGAGAGGUUCACAUUUGGACAUUGAGACGAACAAGAGCAAAUGUUUUGAACCUCCAGCAAAUGGGCAGAUGCUAAAGCUGGUGGUCCUGCAUUACAUUGCGUUGGUGGUUGGCUUCAUUUUCCCCUUUGUCACCAUUGUUAUUUGCUACACCAUGAUCAUCAGGACUUUGCUAAAAAACGCAUUGCAUAAGAAAGAAGGCUCCCGUAAAAAGGCUGUCUGCAUGAUGGGCAUUGUGACCGUUGUGUUCCUCUUGAGCUUCACUCCGUACCACAUCCAACGCACCGUCCACAUCCAUUUCAUGAUGAGGAAGGAUACCAGUUGUGAGGAUAUGCUCUACAUGCAGAAAUCCGUGGUGAUCACACUUUCCCUGGCCGCGUUCAACUGCUGCUUUGAUCCUCUUCUCUAUUUCUUCUCUGGAGGCAACUUUCGGAAGCGGCUCUCUACCUUCCGGAAGGCUUCCACCUCCAGCGUGUCUCAGCCGCAGAAGAGGAACAUGUCCUUGAAGCACUUCAAGGAGGUAACCGUUGAGGAAAAAACGCCAGAGGAUAUGGAACUAUAGCCCCUCUGCUUUGAGCUUGAGUUGAGAUUGGAUGUUAGGUGAUCCUCAGCACGAUACUUCUUCAUGGAUACAGAAGGCUUUAGUGCAAGGCAGGGAUGGAACCUCAGCUGCACAUCCUUGUACACUUCUGCUAUAAUUGACAUGUGGAAGGAAGUAGAUGCGGAGUGGGCAACUUGUGACUUUCGAGGUGUUACUGGACCACAGUUCCCAUCAGCCUAACCAAUGAGGGGGACUUGAGUGAGACUUUACUGCUGUACCACCUGGAGACCCAUACAUUGAUCUCUCUGAUGUAAAUUCCUUGGGUCAAUCAUGUUUGUACAAUAGUCAUGUCAACUGCUGCCAUAUUUUAGCAGUGCAGCGUGAACCUUGGCUUAUUGUCAUGUGUCUUCAAGCCAUUUCCAACUUUUGGUGACCCUAAAGCAGUGCUUCUCAACCUGUGGGCACCCAGAUGUUUUGGCCUUGACUCCCAGAAAUCCUAACGGUUGGUAAACUAUUUUUUUCUAGGAGUUGUAGUUUAAAACACCUGGGGACCCACAGGUUGAGAAUCACUGCAUUAGGACAAGUGUGAAUUGUACAUUUUUUGGACUACAUUGGCCAUCAUCCCUCGCCAUUGGCUGUGAAAUGUAGGACAGAUGACAUUUGCUAACAGUAUCAACAGAGCCACAACUGUGCGAUACGUUCCAAUAUUGCAGGUCCUAAUUGUUUGGAAUUCAAUCUUUAAAAACAUUUUUAAAAACUGUUUUCUACCAUUCUGCUCCAUAUUAAGUGCUGUGGGACAAGGAAUUACUCCGCUGCCCUAAGGUGAAACAGUCAUGGGGGUUUCUUGGCAAGAUCUGUUCAGAUGAAGAUUGUCUUUGCCUUCUCUUACAGCUGAAAGAGUUUGACUUUCCCAAGCUCACCCAAUGGGCUUCCAUGCUCCGGUGGGGAAUCAAGCCAUUGUCUCCCAGUGUCAUAGACAAACAUUCAAACCAUUGCGCCAUGCUGGAAUAUGGGCUCCUACUGCUGAACUUUUUUUAGUAGUGGCAGAAGGGAAGCCCUCAGUUUUACUGGGAAUACUGCUAGACUCUCAAUACAUGGAGGUUGUCCUUCCUUGGUUUAAACUCAGAUAGAGGCUUCUGCAUGGAUGAAGGUUCUGCUUUCUGAAGAUAUAUUUCCUACAAACACACAUAGGACCCAUCUACACUGCCAUAUAAUCCAGAUUAUCAAAGCAGAUAAUCCAUAUGAUCUACUUUGAACUGGAUUAUAUAAGUCUACACUGCCAUAUGGAGCCCCCGGUGAGGCAGUGGGUUAAACUGCUGAGCUGCUGAACUUGUUGACUGACAGGUCGGAGGUUCGAACCCGGGGAGGGGAGUCAGCUCCCGCUUUUAGCCCCAGCUCCUGCCAACUUAGCAGUUUGAAAACAUGCAAAUGUGAGUAGAUCAAUAGGUACCGCUCCAGCGGGAACGUAAUGGUGCUCCAUGCAGUCAUGCCGGCCACAUGACCUUGGAGGGGUCUACGGACAACGCCAGCUCUUCAGCUUAGAAAUGGAGAUGAGCACCAACCCCCAGAGUCGGACACGACUGGACUUAAUGUCAGGGGAAAGUGUUACCUUUAUUACACUGCCAUAUAAUCCAGUUCAAAUAAGAUAACCUGGAUUUUAUAUGUCAGCGUAGAAGGGACCAUAGUAAAUGUAAACUUUGUCUCAUGGGAUUAGAGUGAACAACAUCCAUUUUUAAAUAAUUUCUUCACUGUUUUUCCUUCACAUAGGAAACCCCCUUCAAUGUAUUUUUCUCCACUGAAUGACUACACGUCUAUAUUUUGGGCCAUUCAAUGGUGAGAUAGUGUUGUGAAAUAUGCAUUUUAUCCCACAUCUAUCCAUUGCAUGAGAAGGUAAAAUAGCAUGUGAUAUCCCUCUCCUGUCUCCUAGAAUGUUUUUCCUGCAAACUCAGCAGCCUCCUUUUGAAAUCCAAAUAUAUGGGAGGGAAAGCAAAAAAAUAAAUGCCAAAGACUGAAAUACAUUUGAGGGAACUGCUAGCGGGGACGUAGUGGGAAAACACAGACAUUCUUUGGGGGCUCAGGAGGUUACAGUGGAGCAGCCACCGAGAAAUGCAGCCUGCUGUUGGGUUAAUGCAAACAGACUUGGAAUCCCCCAUCAGGGCCUUUGGGCAAACUUUCAAGACAUUAUUAAUGGCGGUACCAGUGGGAAAUGUAAACACUAGCCGGGGUGGGAAUGAAUGGAGCCUCUGCGAUGAAACAGAGAAGUACAGAAGAGUGAGGUACGUGUUCUGCAUCUGCAAAGAGGCGAGGAGGUCACAGUCGCCCGCCAAACCCUUCCACAUCCUCAGCACCAGAAACAUGCUAAAUAUUAUUAUUUAAGAGAUAGGCUCUAGGUUUUCAGAAUCCAAGUUCUGGAUUUGGUGAUUUGGGAGCAACCUAACAAUUGGAUGCUUCCUUGAGACAAAUGGCUUUUGAGACCUCAAUAGAACAUCAGCUGCAAAGAUCAGAAUGGUUUUGUUUUUGGAAGCGAGUUGCAAAUUAUCAGUGUUGUUGCAAAGCGUGACAUUGGAUGUCAUGUAUGUACAUAAAUAUAUUAUUCAAUGUGAAUUUGUGUAUGUAACUGCCUCUUCAUGGACCUUUCUUGCUUGUGUAAAAUGAAUGAAGAAUAUAAUGGUGAGCACAUGA